GCUUCAUCAUCGUCACGCUGUGCAGAGCAGAAGUAUGUUGAUGGUAGCCUGCUGCCCUGCGAUCAGAAACGAGAAGAAGUGGAAUGCAACUAAAUCCCGUCAAAACAACGACUGCAGUUCGCUGUCGUCGGUGAUGGGGAGUCAAAGGGCCUGAGGAUACCCCCCAAAAUCUCUUAUUUGUCUGCUCAUGUUGAUCAAUCAUGUCUGUAAGUAGUUUCUUCGCAUAGUCUUCUAUUGUUGUGUUGCAUUUGUUUUUUGUUGUUUUGGUGAAAAAACAAUCAUAUGUAGGUCAUAUUUUCGCAGAGCAUUACACAAUUUAACUGUUUUGCAUAACAGAGUGAGAGCAAACGAACAUGUUGUAGACUACUGUAAUGUGAGUGCUGCUGGCACUCAUGAUACUUUAUCAUAUGGAAAGUGACCUGCUAUGUUAUGGAAGAGGCUGAAUGCUUGGAGCCAUACAUAGACCAAAUGCCUAAUUGUAUGUCCACAAUUUCUCUUAUGUCACUACAUAUUAAAAUCUGAUAAUGGAUCAUGGGCUAUAUGUUUCCAUAAAUCACAGGCAAAGGCUCCUACUGAGUAUUUCAAGAAGAAAAAAGUGUAUGUGUGCACCUAUCUCACUGAACCACGUUUCCCUUCACUGGCCUUGAGACACUGCAUCCAGUUUAGCAAACAGUACGCUCUCUUGACAAUCAAAUUGUCUGAUAAGCUCACAUGGGACUGCAGGGCUGUCUUUCCAUAGUACUGCUACUGUAUGUCAGUACAAGCAGCAACUGUGCUCUAAGAAUGGUGGUCAUUGUCUUUAAUUGCCACAAACUACUUGGUCUAUUGGUUUUGGUUGGAAGAACGAGAACACCAUUGUCUUGGAAUGCAAAAUCUGUUGUGGUUGCUUCCUAUGGAAAGACACAUUUACAGUAUGUCCUCCAGGGAAAACUUGAUGAGUUUCUGCGAGCCCUGUAGUUAAGUUUUAUAGGAGAUGUGCAAAUAUGAUAUUGAUAAUUAUGUUAUUCUGUAGCCUGUAAAUCCGUACUAUUUUGUAACCUUUAAGUGAAAAUGAAUACAUACAGGAAUUUGUGUGGGUGGUAGGGAGAGUAGGGAGGGGGUGGAAAAGGAUGUACAUUGAGAACUCUUAUAUAUACAUUUUCACUCUUAUUUUUUGGAAGAUGUUGGAUUAUUUGCCAGGAAAACUAUAAAAACGAUUUUGUCAAAAAUAAAAUAACAAUUUAGAAGAGUAAUGAGCUGAGUAUAAUUAAAUUAUAUUAUUUGCUUGUAACAUCUUUGACUUUUUUUUUUUUAGAAGAACUCGAUAUCACUGUUGCUUUGUGCUAUGUAUUUUGUGUGUUUUGUGUAUUGUAUUGUUUUAUAUUGUUGGUGGUGAUUGUGUGUUUUACGUAUAUGUGGUUUGUUGUUGUUGGUGACAGAUAUAUUAAAAAUAUAAAAUAAAAUCAUUGAAAGAAAUGCAAAACCUGACAAAGGUAGGUAGAUGGGCAUAUAAGGAGAGGUUUUGAGAUUGUACAGCUUGCUUUAGUGUGUCUGUGUUUGUAUAUUUGUUUGUUUCUGUUUAUUUUUUUACAUUUGAGUAAUUUAGCAGACACUCUUAUCCAGAGCGACUUACAGUUAGUGAGUGCAUACAUUUUAAGAUAGAUAGGCGAGACAACCCAAUUGAGAUGAUUUGGGAUGAGUCGCAUGAAAUUCAUAGAAUGGACCUAUCCCCUCAUACCACUGCAAUUUAGCUGGUACACCAUUGAAAUUGAAAUAUAAUUUUCAGGUUUCAAUUACUACCAGAAAGAGGCCACUCCACCCACCGCCGAAUGUCAACUUGAAUGGGAAUGUCUAUUCUAUUAUCAAAAUGUCUAUGAUUUCAAUAUGUUUCCUAUGGAAGAUUGACAGUUUAAUUUAAAACAAUGGAUAUUCCCACUCAAGUCAACAUUCUCUGAUGUAUGGACCUCUAACCAUCUUUAUGGUACCAUUUGAAAGUUGAUGUUUCAAUUUUGACAUUUUAGUUAAUUUAUCAGCCAAAACAUGACAACCACCCGGUUUUCAAGAGCAGGUUGUGUCUCAACCGAUGGCGGGCACAACACAAAAUCCUCUGAUUAUAUAAAAUAGGGUCUAAGCUAAAACAUAUAUGAACAAGUUUACAUAUUUUGAUGUUAAAGGUUAAACAAAAAAACAUUAUUAAACAAUUUGACAACCCUGUUUGUAAGCUUUCAAAUGAUAUCAAACUCAAACAUGUAUCUUUUCCAGUGAUGAAGACAUGGAUGUCUCAUGGUAGAGUGGGGUAUGCAAAAUGGGUCAACUUUGAGCACCUCUUCUGAAUGUUUUGGCAUUCAAGUCCAAAAAGUUACUUUCUGACCACUUCUACCAUGGGCAAACAUUUAUGGAAGGUUUCAUUCAAAUCAAAAGGGGUGCAGUCAGAAAGUGAUUGAAAUCAUCUGGAACGACCCAUUAGUAUUUUUAUUUUUACAGCUUACUAAUCAAUUGGAUUGGCAUACUGUGUUGUCAUUAUCUACCUGACCAAGCUUUAUAGAUUAUAUGUCACAUACGUGGAUGUCCACGUAACCACUCUUAAUUGGUUAAGGAUUUGCUGCACAGGUCCCAUAUCUGGUCUGCUUCCUUGCAGUAUAUUGCUGCUUUACUCAUGCAUAUUCUUUAUUGUAGUUCAAUUGCUUUUUUCUCAUACAGAUGACCUUCGAGGCAGGGAGCAGCGUGACGCUGCUGUUUGACUUCUGGGAUGUGCAAGGACCUGCAGGUACGCUAACACUGAUGACAGACCUGUGUCCUCAGGAUAAUCUAAAUCAUAUAUUUUAGAACCUGUUUGUCUGGUUGACUCUAUUGUAUUUUUCAAGUACAGUUCAGCCCCUCCAUUCUGCAUAGUGCGUUUCAGGUAACAACAAAUUAACUUGUUGCAAAUUAGUACUUAGUUGCUUAUUUAGACCUGUUUCAAUAUGGGCCCCUAGCGAUGCAUGCACUGGUUUCUUACACUCUUAAAUCAGGUCACUGUUGUUGUCUGUACAGUACGAUAAGUAUAGCAGACACUGUGGUGACUUCACUGAGUUCCAGACUGACACAAUUGGGGUCACUGUUGAUGACCAUCAUUGCUAUCAGCCAUGAUAAGCUCUGUGGUCAAUGUGUUAUGUGUUUGCAGGGAUGGUGCUGUCUGUGUUCGUGGUCCUCCUGUUGACCGUGUUCUACGAGCUGCUGAAGGUGUGGAGGGUCUGGCUGGGGAAGCGCCCCUCUCCCUUCCCCUCCUCAGACUGCCAGGGAAGCAGCGCCGCAUUAGCCAGUAGCCUGUCAGAGUCCUCUCUGGCCCCCAUGGAACAAACUGCCCCCACUCCCUCCCCCAUGAACAGGUAGGAUUCACACAGGAGCAGCCCUGCCCAUGUAGUUGUCUGUGAUUACCAUGUUCCAGGGAUGCUGGCUUUCAUCUACCAGGUCACAAAUUGGCCAGAGAGUGCAUGCACCUGGUUUCACAGGCCUACACAAAGCACUGAUCAAUUAUAAGAAGAAAGACGAGCAGGUCAUUAGAUCCAUGAGAACCUGAACUGUGCACCUGUAUAUAAUGACUCCAGAGAGACUACUGCAAUAACACUGUUCUCUCUGUCUCAUUUCCCCCAGAUGGCUACUCCGUGGGAUCCAGACAGCCCUGCACAUCCUGCAGGUAACCCUUGGCUACAUGUUGAUGUUGUGCGUCAUGUCCUACAACACCUGGAUCUUCCUGGGGGUCAUCUUGGGCUCUGUCCUGGGAUACUUCAUAGGGUUCCCUCUACUGGGUCAAAUCUGAUCAAACAGAGGAAUCAACAGAAAGAGAAGAAUCCUUUUCCUGGACUAUAGAUCUAUAGGCACUAGUUAUCCUGUACCUGUUGGUUAAAGAUGUGCUCUGAAGAACAUAUCAUAGCACCUCUCAUGGUUUUGUCAUUCUGAACCUGUUGUGCACUCAAUGUGCAAUAGAUCUCCCUGUGACUGUGUCGCUUUUCAAGUUACCUGAAGUGGAAGGUGGUUCCAGUAUUUCUUCCCUACUUCUACAGUCUCUUAAAGCAGAUGUGUGAGAAGUAAAAAGCAAGAUGGGGACUUCCAUAGUGUGACACAGAUGUACAAAGAGUACAGCAUGGUAGAUGAGUGAUCGAGCACACCCAUUGUACCUUAUUAUCACAAGAGAAGUCUCAUGAAGUUAAUGCUUUUUUGUGUUCAAGACAUUGUGCUACACUGUAUGACCUACUGUACUAUGCAUAUCCACCAUCUAUGUGGUCCCAAGUUUGAGUAUGGCCCUCGAGUUCAACCUGUGGCUGCUUGACCUGAGGUCUCAUUCUACCAUCUCACUCCAAGGUCAGACUACUUGCAGAGGGAACUGAGAUUAUGCAUUCCCAGUCAUAAGACAACAUUUUCUGGAAUUUCCACUUUGACAGCACAGAAGCAUGUGAUUGAGUGUUGUAACUCCAUAGAUACUGUAUGUCAGGCUCAGUGGGUAACAGUUUGUUUAAUUGCUCUCAAGUACAUAAGAGGAGAACUGAAAGUGUGGGUCAUGUGGCUUUUGUUAAUCAUUUGUGAGAGAGAGAGACACUUGAGAUAGUAUCCACCAACCUUUUAGUGCCUUUGAUAUCCAAAAUACAUUUGAGACAUAUUUUCAGUAGAAUUAUGCAGUAACCUAAUCAUGUGAAAUCAUGAACGUAAAGCUUUUUUUCAUACGCUAUUGAUCUAAAGUAAACUGAAAGUAGAUAAUGGCCUACUCAUACAAGGCUUUUAAACUUUUCAUCUGAACCACUUUUAGAAUGGUGCUUCUCAAUAGGGACUUUAUAUGAACAUGUGCUUACUACUGUUGUAUUUUAGUGUUUUAUUAUAACUAUCAAUAAAAUACCACUAACCUUUGUUAACAUAAUUUGAUCAAAAAAUAUAUGAUUUGAUUGGCUUAAAAACAGUUUAUACCAUUUGUCUAGAUACAGAGGAGAAAUAGGAAAACCAUAUCAAAUCAAUGUAUUUAUUAAUCCAUAAGUAUACUCUGUCAUACAUAUAGCAAAAUACAAUCAUAAAAAGCUCUUGCAUAGGGCUUUACACAAAAUAAAGAAUAUAGCUGAGGAUAGUGCAUUGGGCACCAUACACACAUACAGUAUUUGUCAUAAAUAGAGGAAGGAAACAGAAGGACUCCGUCUUAAAGGAAUAGUUCACUGAUAGUUUGAUUGAACUAUCCCUUUAAGUCAUGGAGAUACAUGGACCUAUUUUCCCCAAGACUACAAACGCAGCCUGGUUAAGAACAAAUAUAUACAGUGGCCAUAGCAUGGAUAGAAAAUAAUCAUAAUUCAAUUUCCCUCAUUUUGUAGAGUGGGGGAAAAUUAACAAAUAUAGACUUGGUUAUAUUCCCUUAGUGUGGCCAGAGGAGACUGUGGACAAAGAGUAAGGUGUGAUGGGUCCGCACUCAUUUUUCAAUGUUUUUAGAUUGUGACACAGAGGCCUCUUCAUGACAAGGUACAUGAAGUCAGUCAUCUAUGUGGUCCCAUGUAGCUCAGUUG